AUGGAUGAAACUUUAAUCGCUACCAUCAACAAAUUGCAAGAUGCAUUGUCCCCAUUAGGAGGCGGGUCUAGCUCACCAGUUGACUUGCCACAAAUUACGGUUGUUGGUUCUCAAUCAAGUGGUAAAUCCUCGGUUUUGGAGAAUAUUGUCGGUAGAGACUUCUUGCCAAGAGGUACUGGUAUUGUUACCAGAAGACCAUUGGUUUUACAGUUGAUUAAUAGAAGGGCAAACAAGCCAGCUCAGGAAGAUUUGAUCUCCAUCAACAAAACUACUGAAUCCGGUGGUCAAUCAGAAAACAAUGCCGAUGAAUGGGGUGAGUUUUUGCAUUUGCCUGGCAAGAAGUUUUUCAACUUUGAAGAAAUCAGAAACGAAAUUGUUAGAGAAACUGAUGCUAAGACUGGUAAGAAUUUGGGAAUUUCGCCAAUUCCUAUCAACUUAAGAAUCUAUUCCCCUCAUGUCUUGACUUUGACUUUGGUUGAUUUACCAGGUUUGACCAAAGUCCCUGUUGGUGAUCAGCCCAAGGAUAUUGAAAGGCAAAUUAGGGAAAUGAUUAUGAAAUUUAUUUCUAAACCUAAUGCAAUUGUUUUGUCGGUUAAUGCUGCAAACACUGAUUUGGCCAACUCUGAUGGGUUGAAGUUGGCUAGAGAAGUUGACCCUGAAGGUGCUAGAACUAUUGGGGUCUUAACCAAGGUUGAUUUGAUGGACGAAGGUACUGAUGUUAUCGAUAUCUUGGCGGGUAGAGUGAUCCCAUUAAGGUUUGGUUAUGUUCCCGUCAUAAAUCGAGGUCAGAAGGAUAUAGAGAGCAAGAAGACCAUCAGAGAAGCUUUGAAGGAUGAAAGUAGCUUCUUUGAAAAUCACCCAAGCUAUAAAGCCAAGGCCCAUUACUGUGGUACUCCAUACUUGGCCAAGAAAUUGAAUGGUAUUUUGUUGCACCAUAUCAAGGGAACUUUGCCUGAUAUCAAGAUGAGAAUUGAAAACUCAUUGAAAAAGUAUGAGAACGAGUUAAGCUUAUUAGGACCUGAAAUGUCCGAAAGUCCAACUUCCAUUGCCCUUAGUAUGAUCACAAACUUCACCAAAGACUACAAUGGUAUUUUGGAUGGUGAAGCUAAGGAAUUGAGCUCCCACGAAUUGAGUGGUGGUGCCAGAAUCUCGUUUGUUUUCCAUGAGAUCUUCAAAAACGGUAUCACUUCAUUAGACCCAUUCGAUCAAAUCAAAGAUACCGAUAUCAGAACUAUCAUGCAUAACACUUCUGGUAGUGCUCCAUCUUUAUUUGUUGGAACCCAGGCCUUUGAAGUAUUGGUUAAACAACAGAUUCGUAGAAUGGAGGAUCCAUCCAUAAGAUGUAUUAACUUGAUCUUUGAUGAAUUGACGAGAAUCUUGAAUCAAAUUCUCAGCCUGCCUCAAUACUCUCGUUAUCCAGCCUUAAAGGAACAGUUGUCUCAACAUUUCAUACAAUUCUUAAGAGAUGCUUUGGUUCCCACCAACAAGUUCGUCACCGAUAUCAUUAAGUCGGAAGAAACUUAUGUCAACACGGCUCACCCUGACUUGUUAAAGGGGUCUCAAGCCAUGGCCAUUGUUGAAGACAAGUUCCACCCCAAGCCCCAAGUUGCGGUUGACCCGAAGACCGGUAAGCCAUUGCCACCAUCUCAGCAGCCACAACAGUCAGCAACACCCAAAGAAGAUGAAAACGCCAAUGGGUUCUUUGGUGGAUUUUUUAGCUCCAAAAACAAAAAGAGAUUACAAAGCAUGGAAGCCCCUCCUCCCACAUUGAGAGCCACUGGUGCCAUGACCGAAAGAGAGACCAUGGAAACCGAAGUGAUCAAGUUGUUAAUCUCCUCCUACUACAACAUCGUCAAGAGAACCGUCACUGACUUGGUUCCUAAGGCAAUUAUGUUCAAAUUGAUUGUGUUUUCAAAAGACGAUAUUCAAAAGGUGUUGAUAGAAAGAUUAUACAACUCGAAGGACUUGGGCGAGUUGGUGAAAGAAAACGAAAUGACCAUUCAAAAGAGAAAGGAAUGCUUGAAGAUGGUGGAAGUGUUGAAGAACGCCAGUGAAAUUGUGAGCAGUGUUUAA